AUGUUUCGACGUCUUUUUGGUGGUGAAGAAGCAGCUGAUAAUCUUCGAAUUAUAAUCACACGUCAUGGUGAACGUGCUGAUUUGGCAUUAGGAAAAAAUUGGUUAAGAAGAGCACGAAGACAAGGUGGUCAUGAUUCACGAAUAUCACGUUUACCACGUCGACCAAAUUUUCAUGAAUGGGAAUACGAUCCACCACUAACUGUUGCUGGAGAAAAACAAAGUGUAUCCGUUGGUCGAAAAUUACUGGAACUUGGUUAUCCAAUUGAUUAUUGCUACUCUUCACCUGCAUAUCGAUCAAUACAAACAGCAAAUAGAAUCCUUGAAAGCCAAGGACGACGACGAGCUGUACCAAUUAAUAUCGAACCUGGUCUAUUUGAAUAUUCAUCUUGGUAUAGUGGCGCACCAUUGGUAUUUAUACCUCCUGAAUAUUUAGCUAUGGAUAGACGAUUUUAUAUAAAUACAGGUUAUUCACCAAUCUAUGGUAGUGUUGAUACAAAUGAAAAUGAGCAACAAUUUUAUCGACGAUCACGUCAACUUCUUGAUGCAAUAGUUGCUGCUCAUAAGUAUCAAGGUGGAACAAUUUUAUUAUCAGGACAUGCUGCCUCAAUUGAAGCAAUAACACGUAGUUUACGUGGUGGAGUUGGUAGACAUGGACAGUAUGAAAGUCUUAUGCAUGGAGCUGCAAGAGUUAAUUUUAGUAAUUUUGCUAUACUUGAACGUGAUGGACGUACAGGUGCAUGGUCUGUUCAUUACCCUGAAUCACAUAAUUCUCCCCAUGGUAGAAGAGGAUCAUCAAUGCAACAUACCAUUCCACUUCAUAGUGUUACUACAUAUCAUAGAGCUUCACGUAGAGCAGGACGAUCACCACGAAGAAGAAACGUAUCGCAAGUAGCACAUCAUCGACAUGAUUCUCAGUAUCAGCAUUAUUCUCAGUAUCAACAUCCUUCUCAUUAUCAACAUCAUUCUCAUUAUCGUUAA